UUCGUGCUUGCCCAAAGCUCCCCUGAGCCAACUCUCCAAACAUCCUCAUCACCCCCCAUCAUUCUCUCGCAGAUUACGCUCUUCUCUGCCCGAUUGCAGCCCAUCGAGUUCCCAUCUAUCAGUUUGACGGUAGGUACUCGUCGAAGGCUCUCGACAACAAAGAAACGGAGCAGGUAGGAAAGUAGAAAGGGGGCCCUCAGCGUGCCGCCCACGACUCGCCCAUCAUGUCCGACGACCAGCUUAUCCUCCCCAUCAUCGACUCCCACAUCCACCUCUACCCGCAGUCUGAGGUCGACAGCCUCGCCUGGUACACGCCCGACCACCCGCUCGCCGGCCAACGCUCCCUGGAGGAGUACAAGGCCGCCACCGCCUCGGCGCCCUCGCUGCUGGGCUUCGUCUUCGUCGAGACGGACCGCAAGAACGACGUCGCCGCGGCGGCCGCCGACAGCGGCUCGGGCUGGGAGCAUCCCCUCAACGAGGUCCGCUGGCUGCGCCGCAUCGCCCUCGGUCAGCCCCGCGACGGCGAGGGCCACGGCCCCGAGGACGCCAGGCUCUGUCUGGGCAUCGUCCCCUGGGCGCCGCUGCCCAGCGGGCCCGCUGUCCUGGAGCGCUACCUCGAUGCCGUCAAGGAGGCCGCCGGCGACGCCUGGCCCAAGGUCAAGGGGUUCAGGUACCUGCUCCAGGACAAGCCGCACGGCACGAUGCUGCAGCAGGACUUCAUUGACUCUUUGAGGCUGCUCGGGCGGAGGGGCUUCGUCUUCGAGGUGGGCGUUGACCAGCACCGCCGCGGGAAGAAGCAGCUGGAUGAGGUGGUGGAGUUGGUAGACCGCGCGCACGACGACGUCCCUGAGGACGAAAAGGUCACCUUUGUCCUGAACCACCUCUGCAAGCCCGACCUCACCAUCUACAACGUAACCUCAGACCCAUCGUUUCACGCCUGGCGUACCGCCAUGUACACCCUCAGCAAGGCCUCCCGCACAUACAUCAAGCUCUCGGGCACCUUCGCCGAAAUGUCCCCUUCGCUGCGCGCCCAGGACCCCUCCCACAUUUUUCAGUCAACGCUCGCCUGGCUGGGCAUUGUCCUCGCCACCUUUGGCCCCGCGCGCAUCAUGUUCGGCAGCGACUGGCCCGUCUGCACCGCCAACGAGCUCGGCGACGAGGCCUGGCCCAAGUGGAGGCAGGUCGUUGACAAGAUGUGCUACAUGGCCACGCUGAGCGACGACGACAGGGCUAUGAUCUUUGGUGGCACCGCCAAGAAGGCGUAUAGCCUGUGAGUACGGGCCAACAAAUUGACUCUUUUCCCCUUUGAGCAGGACGUAAUAGGCCCCAAGGACGGAGGCGACGCGGCAUUUGGAAUGACACUACUGCGUCUUGUAACUAGCUUGAUACCACUACCAUUCGGUCGAUCCUCCUCAUGACCACUUCACGCUGGCGCGGCCU